AUUGUACUGUAGUAUAGUAGUGUGUUCUGUGACUUAUAAUAUAAAAUUCUGAAAAUGGCUCUUAGGACGUGGCAGAAGUGAUUAUCACUCUGCCAAAUGGAGCAUGUGAUUCUCUGAGAUAUGCUGCGGACUAGUUUAGUCAUGAAUAAAGUCACAAUUAUUGACUUCAAAAUGACCUAAUAUUAUAAUUUUCACGCACUUCUAGAGCCUAAGUGCGUAGGUGCCAUUCUUUAGCAAAAUGGCGCUUGCCGACAAGUUGAAAGAACAAGGAUGGCACCUGACCGAGGAAGGUGUGGACCAGUUGAGCGAGAAGGGCGCAGUCUCCGAUGUGAAGCAGCUCGUCUCCCGGGCGCUUGACAUCGACCUCCGGGACAUUGGGGGCGGGGCCUUCCCCGAGGACAUGCACAAGAACAAGCUGGACAGCAUCCCCGGCCGCGUCGUGGUGCAGGUGCAGAAGGUGCGCAACGUGUCGGCUCCCCGGAGCAACGAGGAGUCCAAGGCCGCGCCCCGCAUGCUCAAGCUGUCCCUCACGGACGGGCAGCUGGUGUGCCACGCCGUGGAGGUGGAGCACAUGCCCUUCAUGAGCCUCAACACGCCGCCCGGCACCAAGCUGUUCCUGAAGGUGGACACGGUGCCCGUGGCGCACGGCUUCCUGCUGCUGCGUCCCUCGCUGGUGGACCUGCUGGGCGGCAAGGUGCUGCCCCUCGUGGACAAGUGGGAGCUCAACCGGUCGCUGGCCAAGUGCACGCGGGGCCGCAUCGGCGAGGAGGGGGGGCCGCCCCCCUGGAUACCCUUCGGCCAGAAGAUCCUUUAUUUAAAUUCACAGGAUUUAUUAUUUCAUUCAUCGCUGGAAGGGGGCAAGGACAGCAAGGAGAACGCUGAGUUCGAGGCGCAGCGGAAGGACGCCAUCGCGGAGGCGGCGAGGGGAGGCUCGCGCCGCGUCUUCAAGGGCGGCAACAAGCAGCUGCUGGACCACAACCUGCAGCAGAUCGUGGAGCUGGGAUACUCCUCGGAGCAGGCAGAGUACGCGCUCCGCCAGAGCAAGAACAACGUGGACCGCGCCCUCCGCUCCCUUCAGCGCAGGGACGAGGGGAAGCGAGCGGACGCCAAGGCCAAGGGCGAGGAACCCAGGGACCGGCGCAAGCGCGGCGACAAGGACGACGAGGCAGGCGGAGCUGCCCCCAAGCCGUCCGGCAACGUGUCGCUGUUUGACUUCCUGCAGAACAAGCUGCCGGUGCAGAACGACAAGGACCACGAGCCGCACGGUGGUGCCGUGAACAGCCACGGGAGCAGCGACAAGAAGCACCCGGGCGCGGAGCAGUCUCCCCGGUGCGCGAGUGCGGGCAAGGGCGGCCGAGCGGAGCGGGGAGCGCGCGGGUCGCGGGAGGGCAAGGGCGCGAGGGGCGGGCGGGGGUCCGGGGGCGUGGCUCCGUCGUGGGGCGACAGUCCGGGGGCGUGCCACCCCGCCCACCGCGACGACAAGGCGCGUGCGGUGGUGGCCACGCCCAUCCAGCGGCCCCCGCGCUUCCAGAACCAGCAGCGGCAGCAGCAGAGCGACACGGCGUUCGGGCAGCCGUGGGCCAACUGCUACGAGAACAUGUACAACAUGGGCACCUGGCCCAGUCGCGGUGUGCCCCCGCCACCCCCCGGCAAGCCCCCCGCCAGGCAGCACCUGGGCUUCGGCGGGGACUUCGACAACCACCUACCUCCGCCCGGCCCUCGCUACGCCCGCCAAGACUCCCCCGUGUCCAGGUACGGGGGCUUCCCAGACCACUUCCCCCGCGGCGUGUACGGCAUGGACUACUCGUUCAAGGAGCCCCCGCCCGUGCUGUCUCCGCCGGCCCACUUCUCGGGCGCCGGCCUGUACCGGUCCCACGCGGCGGACUACAUAGUGCCGGAGCCUCCCCCCGCCAGCCAGUUCCUGCCCGACACCAAGACCUGGCACUGGCAGAAGGGCGACAAGUGCAUGGCCAAGUACUGGGAGGACAACAUGUACUACAACGCAGAGGUGACGGGCGUGUCGGAGCGGACGUGCGUCGUCAGGUUCACCGAGUACGGCAACUUCGAGGAAGUGUUGCAGGCCGAUUGUAUUCCCUUCACCGAGGCAUUUGAAGAUGUGGGUAAACUAACAAAGCCUGAUGUCUUCAACUAUCACCUCUGACUGCGUCGUUGCUAGCUAUCUUACCGGCAGAAGAUAUAAAAACACAUGUGUACAUGGAAGUUGUGGUGUGCGUAGUAUUACUAACGGCUUGUUCUGGAGCAGCUGACUUGUAGACGGGCUGAACUCUCAAGAGCCACAUGCGCGUGCUCGUAGUUGUGUGUGAAGUGCGUUGGGCAGAGGCGCGCUAGAGCGCCCCGUGUCGAGGGGACCUGCCUGCAGUUUCCGUGGGCCACGUGAGCUUUGGACGGUUGCAAUCUACCGAGAAGCGCUUUUCUCGAUUCUUGUGGGGUGGCUUCCUUCGCGAUGGUGUUUCUCGCAAAGAUGUGCCGUGAAAGAGACUUGGGGCGUGCUCCAGCGCGGUCUGCGACUGCCAACAGGGGCUAAGCCUGAGGUCCGCUAGACAAGAACACACACCGGUGGUCGGCGUUGGGACAUAACGAUACCGUAGCAUUACCUUCCCCUCCCCUCGCACUAUUCUCACUUACAAGACCGACAUUUCAGUCCAACCCACGGUUGCACUUUUUAAUAUCAACUUAAGAAUUAAAAAGAGAAUAUACCUUCAAAGUAAAAUUUUAAAUCAUUAGUUGUGUGUGUACCGGAUACAUAUUAUGAAAUAUUGUGUGACCACUAUGCAAGUAUCAAAGUUAGUAAAUUUAAAUUGCAAAGCCAUUUUUUAAAUUUUGCAGUUUGCAGUUAACUAAUUAUUUUAUUUCAUGAUGUCUCAAAUUUUGACAAACAUAUUGUCAACUGCAACAUCUCUGUUGAUAAGAAAUAUUUUUUUUAUUAUUUCCUGUAAAAUGAAAAAAGUGGCACGAUGAACUGCAUAUUUCUACGUUUGAGGAAAACUUGCUUUUGAGUGCACCUAACAGGAUCCACUUCGAAUAGGGAACAUCAGCAUCACUAUCAGUCAUAUUUCUGACCAUUUUCCGUAAUGACUUAAAGUGGGUAUGAUUUUUAAUCAUAAAUUUAAUGUGGCGUUGAUAAUCCUUAUCUGAUUGUUACUAACAUUAUCUAGACGUAAGGGAUACAAAAACACUGUGAGUUAAUAUGAAGCAGAAUAAAAAAAAAGAAUAGUAUCUCUCCUGAUCACAAUUAAUAAUGUAUUGUUUUAAAUUUUUAUCACUUAAAUGGUGAGCUCGUUACACAUUGUCAAUGAUAACAGUGCGGCUUUGCAUUGAGCAGGGAAACCUUUUAUAGCCAGUUAUCAUGUUUCGUAUUAUAUUUCUUGACGUAUGUUAUAGUAAUGAUAUUAAAAUAUUAAUGCUUAUGGAAAUGUGUCAGGAAGGGGAACAUUUUUAAUGGAAUCAGGAAAACUAGGAAAUUAAUUAAAGUAGCAAAUUGGGUAUCCUGCCUAAGCUUGUCUGCAGUGCUUUAACUGCAUUAUUGUUUCAUUCUUUCAUGCACUUUCAUGCAUAACAUAACUGAUCCACACUAGCGAGUGCAUUUCCCUAGCCUUCAAGUUGCCCUGCCGGUGGAGUGCUUAGAGCCACUGUUGGGUUCAUGGAGAUUAUCUUAGAAUCUCAUUUGCCGUUCAAACCCGCGAGAUUGCGUGGGCCGUGUUUACGAACACACGGGUCUUCUUGGAACAGCGCACGGGCCAUCUUCACACUGCGCUUCGGUUCCGUUGUGAGCAAGAUGCUUCCAGUUUGUCGAUGUAGCGCAAACCAUGUAGCCUGUUGGGUUUUACUUAUUGACAUUCUGUGUUACUUUGCACUGUCUUCAUCAAAUCAUCCAUCUAUCUUCGCAUUUUAACAAAACUUAAAAAGCCUGCUCCGCCUGAUGGUGCAAUAUUUAUCUACCUCCAACUUCUGUGUCUCUUGAGAGUUUACCUGCGGCAUUUUGGAACUCACUUUUUGUUACUACCAUUACGUAUAUUUAUUUGUGCUAUUUAUUUAUUUUAAAUUUUAAUGUUUCUUUCUGUAGAAAAAUUAUGGUUGUGUUCUGUUAGUUAGGCUAAGUGAAACAAAGCAAGCAAUAAUAUUCAUCAGUACUAUUUUUUUUUUAAUAUGAUUAAAUAAUAAAAAAUAACAGUUGUUUUAUAUUGAAUUAUUCAAUUUACAUUUGUUGUUUCUGUGUUUGUCUGUUCUCUCUUUAUCUUUAUAACAUUAAUAUUUACUGCUCAUUGAGUUUAGUUUUGCCCAGAAUGUAUCAUGUCACUAUUAAAGUACAAAAAUAUUUGUGCAAUGUUAUGUGUGGCUUCUUAUUUAUGUUUAUAGUUGAAAUUAAACAUUUUUAAAUUUUAACAACAUGCUGCUAUGUGUUUACUCUUAAAAAAAUUUGCCUUGCAUAAAAGAGAUUAAAUUCUAAUUUU